UUAGAAUUACCGACUGUGAUUAUGAAAAGUAUGGUUAAUUUUGUUGAAUAUCUUGGAUGGUAUAUAAUUUCAGUUGAAUUGCUAGUCAUAAUCGAUCUGGUCACCGAAUACAAUGUUAGUCUAAUAAUCUAGUUUUGUGCUUUAAGAUGUCGAGAAUUUCGAACAAUAAAUUUGAACCAGCUAAUAUUCUAAAAUUUACUAAUGUCUGUUUACGUUUUAUUGGAUUACAUCCGCACCAGAAUCGCAUAAUUCGCAAAAUUUUAUCGUCUUUCGCUAUUGUUUCGUUAUUUUUGAAUUUUUUAAUUGGUUUCCUUGAAGUACUGCUUAACUGGGAAGGAGUUGAUACUCUAAUAAAAAUUAGGUAUUUACCAUCAAAUUUUAUAUUUUUCGUUAAGUUUACUUUAAUGUAUGUAAUGAAGAAACGGCUCUAUCUAAUUCUCGAAGAACUGAAAAAUUCUGGCCGCUUGGAAAAUUUGAUACCAAAAACCUAGAAGAUGCAGAAGAAACAUUUCGUUUCUCAUUUAAAUUCGUCGUGAUUUUCUUCUCUUUUGUGUUUGUAAAUACUUUGAUAGUUAUGGCGGUGAUUCUUAUUGCUGAUGACAACGUGUUGCUUUACGACGGAUAUGAUUUGUGUGAUUAUGAAACCAAUAUUAUGUGCUAUCGUAUUGUUUUGUACUGGCAGUUUUCCUUGCUUUUGUUACAAGGGCUGCCGACUGCUUUCGCGUUUGAUUUUAUUUUUGUCACAUGUGUAACAUAUGUUUUCGCUGGAAGUCAACAACUUGCGACUGCUUUCCAACAAUAUUUUUUAUUAAUUCAACCGGAAAAUGAUGAAUUGAUGAAAUUGAGAAAAAAUAAUUUAAAGGAAAUAAUUGAUCAACAUAAUAUGAUCAUGAAUUUUGUUAAAAAAGUGAACAGUUUCUGUUCGAUGAUUCUUCUCAUUCAAUUUUGGAGCUCAUUGGGUUCGCUGACGUUUUGUCUUUACAUGGUAACGGCAAACGGAAUUCCGCCAAAAACUGAUAAUUUGACUUAUGUUAUGACUUACAUGACUUUUGCUUCAGAAUUAUUACUUUUCUGCUUGGGCGGAGCAUUAGCUCACAACAAAUUGCAAAGUGUCGCCGAUACAGCAUUUGAGGUUGACUGGUAUUUGACAGGCCAGACAAAAUUACGUAAAGAUCUUUCUUUUGUAAUUCAACGGUCUCAACACGUAAAAAGUUUUCGAGUUGGAAACAUGACUAAUUUGAAUUUAAUAUUAUUCGUGAAUGUUCUCAAAAACUCUGUCUCGAUGUAUACUUUAAUUAAUCAAUUAUCAUAAUAUUUGGAAAAAUAAAAUCAGAUAAUGUUAUUAAACAAUAUUCAAUAAAAAGAAAUUUCUAGUCCUUAAUAAAAUUAAUGCGUCAUUUGUAUUCCCUGA